AUGAGGAGUACAUCAUCAUCCAAAAAACCGUCGUCGUUGAAGGUGUUGACAACGAAGUUGAAGGAGAUGCAAGCUACUGUAAAUGACAUCGAGCAUUUUGUUGAUCGUUACAAGGAGGAUACAACCAUCGGUGAGGUGGAGGUUCGCCUAGAGAGAUUGGAAAACCUUUUGGAAAAAUAUGGUGAGACGCUGAUCGAAAUCAAGGUGCACGACGAUUUUGAUCCCUCCGAUGGGACCUACGAUGAGGAGCGACAGGAAUUCUGUGAACGGUUUUACCACGUCAAAUCCUUUCUCAAGGAUAAGAUGAGAGGAAUGACGGAUCUACCAGUGAAAAACCAAUCGGUCUGUUCAGAGGAUAAUCCUAUUCCUCAUACGCAUGAGCACGUUCGUCUACCGCAAAUCCGAUUACAAACGUUCAAUGGGGAUAUUGACGAAUGGAUCAGCUUCCGAGAUUUGUUCAUUUCUGUGAUCCAUUCGAAGCCGGAUCUUCCAGAGGUAGAAAAACUUCAUUAUUUGAAGGGCUGUUUGAUAGGGGAACCACGAAAUCUAAUCGAUCCUCUACAAAUUACGACGACAAACUACCACAUCGCUUGGGAGAUGCUGCUGAAGCGAUACAAUGACAGCAAACAGCUAAGAAGGCGCCAGGUUCAGUCACUCUUUUCGCUACCAACGAUCAACAAGGAAUCCAUUGCGGAACUGCAUGAGCUGCUGGAAGGUUUUGAAAGGACUAUGCAGACGUUAGAUCAAAUUAUCCAACAGGUUGAAUAUAAAGAUCUCCUGCUAGUGAAUAUACUGACGUCACGGUUGGACCCUGUUACACGCAAAGGUUGGGAGGAAUUCACGGCUAGUAAGGAACGAGAUACCGUGGCUGAUUUGACGGAGUUCAUUCGAAGACGGAUACACGUAUUGGAGUCAAUGCCUAUGAAGACCGUUUCCAACUCACAACAGCCUGUAACCAAACCGAAAGCUGCUGGGGUGAAGGCCAGUUUCAGUACGGCGACAGUGAUCGAGAGGCACUUCUUCGAACUCACGCUUUGUGUCGAAACUGCUUCAGAACGGGCCAUCAGGCGAAGGAUUGUCAGUCAAGGUUCUCAUGUCGCAAAUGCAAGGGACGACACCAUAUUUACUCUGGUGUGCUUUAAGUUGGGGAAGGAUGGCGGGACGAGCACAGCUAACAGUGGUAAAACCAGUAGCUCGAACAAUCUAAUUGGGGGCAAGGGCCCAACGAAUUCCACUCAUGUUGCAAACCUAGCAUCCAACAGUAUGAUUUCCGGCACCGUACAGCAAUAUUCCUCACAAGUCCUGUUAGCUACAGCAGUCGUGCUGUUGGAAGAUGACGAUGGCAACCAAUAUCCAGCUCGAGCGUUACUCGAUUCCGGGUCAGAGAGCAAUUUUCUCUCCGUAAGAUUAAGUCAAUUCCUGAAGGUUAAUCGAGAUAAGGUGGACAUCUCAGUAUUAGGAAUCGGACAAACAUCAACCAGGGUAAAUCAACGCAUUUAUGCUACCGUCAAGUCGAGAGUUUCGAAUUUUUCCCGUGAGUUGAACUUCCUCGUACUGCCUCGAGUGACAGUCAACUUACCCACGGCCAAGGUGAAUACAAUUGGGUGGAAGAUACCAGAAGGGGUAGAGUUGGCCGAUCCUUCCUUCUGUAUAUCUAAGAGCGUGGAUGUCGUUCUAGGGAUCGAAUCCUUCUUUGACUACUUCGAGACAGGUCGUAGAAUCAGCUUAGGAGAGAAUUUGCCAUCGCUGAAUGAGUCGGUCUUUGGAUGGAUUGUCUGUGGUGGACUGUCCGUAGUAAAUCAUCCCUUACGCAUAAAUUGCAAUAUGUCUACGGCUGAAAAAUUGGAGGAGCUUGUGGCCCGAUUUUGGUCCUGUGAGGAGGUUGGGACAAGCAAAGGGUUUUCACCGGAGGAGACACGGUGCGAGUUGUUUUAUGCAAAUACGGUACGGCGAGAGACAGAUGGGCGGUUUACUGUUUCGCUACCGAGAAAUGGAGACGUUUUGGCGCAGUUAGGCGAGUCGAGGGACAUCGCUUUGCGACGGCUUCAUGGGACCGAACGACGGUUAGCCAGGGAUGACGGAUUACGGGAACAGUAUAUCGCGUUUAUGUCGGAGUAUCAGCAGCUUGGACACAUGCGGAAGGUAGUUGGUGAGGAAAUUAAUCCAUGUCAGCGUUGUUACCUGCCACAUCACCCAGUCAUCAAGGAGGCAAGCACAACGACUAAGGUUAGGGUGGUGUUCGAUGCCUCCUGCAAAACGAAAUCCGGAAAAUCAUUAAAUGAUUGCCUCUUGGUGGGCCCAAUAAUACAGGAUGACUUGAGGUCCAUUAUCCUACGAUGUCGAAUCAAGCAAAUCAUGCUGGUUGUGGACGUGGAAAAGAUGUUCCGCCAAAUCAAUGUACACCAAGAAGAUCGGUCACUACAAUGCAUCCUUUGGCGCGAAUCACCGUCCGAAGAGGUAUCAGUCUACGAACUAAACACGGUGACGUAUGGAACCAAAUCAGCUCCGUUUCUUGCCACGAGAACGCUGAAACAGCUAGCAAUGGAGGAGGAACAACGAUUUCCCAUCGCAGCAAGAGCCGCUAGCGAGGACACGUAUAUGGAUGACGUUCCUGUUAACACUGAUGACGUUGAAGAAGCGUUGCGACUGAGAUUCGAACUGGAAAAGAUGAUGGAAAGUGGAGGUUUUCGAUUGAGAAAGUGGGCGUCAAAUCACCCAGAUGUUCUAAGAGAUGUUCCUAAGAGUUACUUGGCAAUUCCCGAUUCAACGGGCAUAGUUUUGGACGCUUAUCCUUCUGUGAAGACAUUGGGUCUAAUAUGGAUACCUAAAAAGGAUGUUUUCAAAUUUCAUUUCACUAUACCUCCUGUGGAACAUAGCGAGGUUCUUACGAAACGGCUUAUUUUAUCCCGAAUUGCUACUCUUUUUGACCCAGAAGGGGAUAUUGGUCCAGUAAUUACAACUGUCAAAAUAUGUAUGCAAUCCUUAUGGACAUUGAUCGAUCAAGGUGGAAAUCGGUUGGACUGGGAUCAGCCACUGCCUCCGACAGUGUGCGAAAACUGGAAAAAAUAUCAACAACAACUCCCUUUGCUGAACGACAUUGAAUUCGAUCGAUGUGUUGUCAUACCAAAUGCAGUGGAUUUCCAAAUUCACUGCUUUUCUGAUGCGUCGCAGAAGGCAUAUGGUGCCUGCAUUUAUUUGCGUAGUCGAGAUGAGGAAAACAACGUUCUAAUACGUUUGUUGACUUCUAGGUCCAAGGUUGCCCCUCUCAGAGUGCAGACAAUCCCCAGACUCGAGCUUUGCGGUGCACUUCUCGGUGUUGAGCUCUUCAAAAGGGUACAGCAUGCACUCAAAAUACAAGCAGACGCAUUCUUUUGGACAGACUCUACCUGCGUCCUCCGAUGGCUUCAAUCACCUCCGGCAACAUGGGUUACAUUCAUUGCAAAUCGGGUUUCCAAGAUACAGUUGGCUACAGAAGAUUUUCACUGGCGACACGUUCCCGGGAUCGACAACCCCGCUGACUUAAUAUCCAGGGGACUCAUGACUAGCGAGAUUCGCGACAACAGCUUAUGGUGGAAAGGUCCAAGCUGGUUGGCUAUGGACCAAGAAAAUUGGCCAUCCCUACCGAAUCAUAUGCCAGACGAUGAAGGGAGAGAGGAAAUGCGUCGCUGUGUAGCAACAGCGAUAGCUUGUCCGUAUGCAGAUUUCAACGAAACGUUUUUUGCAAGAUUCAACUAUUACACGCAGUUGAUACGGAGCACUGCGAUAUACCGAAGGUUCAUAAGGCUACUCCAGAAAAAGGGGUCAAAGGGCGCUGGUUUUCUAACUACAUCUGAACUGCGAGAAGCAGAAUCAACGCUUGUGCGGUGCGUUCAGCGAGAGACGUUCGCACAGGAGCUCAAGGCGCUCAGAAAUGGAAAGAUCAAGUUCUACGAGUCGGCGGAAGGCUCAAACACUCUGCGGAGUCAGAGCAAACGAAGCACCCAAUGGUUCUUCCAGCUAAACAUAGCAGCGCGGCCUUUCCAAAAAUCGGGCGUCGAUUACUUCGGACCCGUUUAUAUUCGACCAGGGCCACGACGAACAGCGGUCAAGGCAUACGUAGCCUUGUUUGUGUGUCUUUGCACCAAAGCGGUGCACCUGGAGUUGGCAUCAGAUUUGUCUACGGAGCGUUUCCUGCAGGCGUUACGAAGGUUCAUUGGUCGCAGAGGUCGGUGCACUGAUAUCUACUCCGACAACGGCACCAAUUUUGUCGGAGCCCGAAAUCAGCUGAAAGAGCUUUUAGUCAAGCUGAAAGACCGUAAUCACCAUGAAAUUAUACAAAAGGAGUGCUCUGCGGAGGGCAUCAAUUGGCACUUCAACCCCCCUAGUGCGCCCCACUUUGGCGGACUGUGGGAAGCAGCCGUUCGCAGUGCAAAAUUUCAUCUCCUGCGGGUGAUUGGAAAUCAUCCUGUGUCCAUCGAAGACAUGCAGACACUAUUAGUGCAAGCAGAAGCAUGCCUCAACUCACGGCCGAUGACAGUUUUAUCAGACAAUCCCAACGAUCUGGAGCCAUUGACUCCAGCACAUUUUCUGAUUGGAGCCUCCAUACAGCAGCUUCCAGAUCAGGACUUCCAAACGAUUCCAGUGAAUAGGCUCAAGCACUGGCAACUAGUUCAACGUCGUCUGCAAGAUUUCUGGCGCAGAUGGCAUCGGGAAUACCUCAGCCAACUUCAAGGGCGAUCGAAACGGUGGCGUGCCUCCGUAAACAUCGAGAUCGGAAAACUUGUAGUCCUUUGUGACGAGAAUCAACCUCCAACCCGUUGGAAGAUGGCCCGAAUCCAGGAGCUACAUCCAGGCACCGACGGGGUGGUCCGGGUGGUCACCGUUAAGACGGCAACAGGGUUGCUGAAGCGUCCAGUGGAGAAGAUCUGUAUCCUGCCAGAUCCAGAUAACGAGAAGGAAGUCAUAAUCAAAUAA